UCGUCCUGUACCCUCAAGUAGAGGUGAUCUCGUCCUUUUUUGAGAGAACUAUUCUGGCUGUAGGACCAUCUGCUUUUGCCUGCAUUACUUCGCUCUCACCUUCUUGACACUGUGGCCAGCUAACAGUGUUCAUGGUUCAGUCCUUUUUGAUAAACACUUGCAGUUUCAGCACUGACACACAGGACAUGGCUGUGACACGCAGAGAAAAAACAGAAAAGGUACACCACUCAAAGUGUCAUACUGCAGUGUAACACGGUGGACAGUGCCAGGCCUCACAGGCCCUCACCGAAGUCAGAGAUGUUGAGCCAGGAUGACCCCAAAUCACGUCCAAUGCUAGAACUACGAGAGAAGCUCCAGCCAGAAGUAAUCGAGCUGAUUAAACAGCAGAGGUUGAACCGCAUGUAUGAGGGCACAUGCUUUAGGAAGAUCAGUGCUCGUCGCAGACAAGACAAGUUCUGGUAUUGCCGUCUAUCACCAAACCACAAAGUGUUACACUAUGGAGAUAUAGAGGAAUUCUCACAAGGACAAAUUUCACCUGAAUCUCUCCAGGAGAAAGUGACAGUAGCAGAUAUCAAAGCAGUGGUCACGGGUAAAGACUGCCCACACAUGAAGGAAAAAGGAGCACUUAAGAAUAAGGAGCUGCUGGAGCUGGCUUUUUCGAUUCAUCAUAACUCUGAUGAAUAUCUGAACUUCAUUGCUCCGGACAAGCAUGAAUUCUGCAUUUGGACUGAUGGCUUGAAUGCUGUUUUGGGAAAGGAGAUGACAAGUGAGCUCACCAAAUCAGAUAUGGACACUCUGGUUAAUAUGGAGCUGAAACUUCGCCUCUUGGACCUCGAAAACAUUCAGAUUCCUGAUGUCCCUCCUCCUGUUCCCAAAGAGCCCAGCACUUACGACUUUGUGUACGAUUUUAGCCAACAGCACAUUUGAGACUGGAAUAAAGUCCUUACUCAUGCUGAUAAACAGCUGUAAGUAAGGAGGAGUGCUGACUUUUUUUUCUGUUUUUGCUAUUCGUGUUUCCUCACUUUCCUCUCCAAUGGACUGAAUAGAGUUCAGAUCAUUACAUUUUGCUCUAGAUUGUGACUAUGAUGUGAUGCUUAGUUUUCUAUUUCACUAAAAUGCCCCUCUUGACUUUACAGUUCUGCAAAGAGGAAAACCUCACAGUUACAUUUUUUCAUUUAUGAGUUUUAAUGAAUAAUCAACUUGGUAUCAUGCAACCCUUUUGUGUAAGUGAAGUGCAUAUCUAUAGAAAAUACUGAAAAUGGAUUAGUUUCAUAAUCAUAUAAAAUAAAAUUCAGAAGCUACAUUAAGUCAUGAACACAUACACAGAACACAUACACUUUCUCUUCCAAACAUGUGACAACCACACUGCCUUCCUGUUCCCCAAUAUACAGUUUGCAUCAUAUUAUAUUGUUGCUCAAAAUCUCCACACUAGUAUCAUUCACACUUGCAAGGUACAGUUUGGACAUUCUUAGUCUUAUCUAUGGUUCUUAAAGCAAAAUAUUUAACCUUUAUGCUAUGCUGAAAAUCCUUUAUCUAAUUUGGAGUUCCUCACCAGCCUUU